UGAAAGUUCUGACGAGGAGGAGGAAGUAAGUAGUUCGGAAAGUGAAAGCAGCAGUGAAAGUUCUGAAAGUUCUGUGAGUGAAAGUGAAAGUAGUGAGGAGAGUGAAAGUGAUGAUGAAAGUGAGACGGAUGAUAGCAAUGUUCCUCUUACCAAAAGAAAAAAGGAGAGAAAAAUAGCCGAAAAAUUAGCUGAUGAAAGAGAUUUGGGAGGAACUCGAUUUGAAGAAAGUGAAGGAGAGUUUUGGAAAACUCCCGUUAAAGAUAUUUUGAUACCCGAAAGAAAUUUCCGAAAGAGCAAGAAAUAUCCUAAUCCACGAGAAACCUUUAUUGAUAGCACCACCCAUGAAUUAGCUCAUGCUUCCGAAGAAGUUCGUUUUCAUCCUGAUUUCAAUCCUUACUCUACGGAGUUUGAAGAAGAGUGUGAAGAAUAUGGCAAAAAUUAUCAUCCACGAUGUUUAGAAUUAAAAAAAGAAAAAGAAAUCAGUCCUCUUUUAUUUGCCAAAGUAGAACAAUUAGAAAGUGAUUUAUCACUUGUUAAGGCUUUUAAUAAAGACUUACAAAAAGAGAUAAUGGCAAUGAAAAGCAAUGGUAAAGCAAAAAAUAGAGAAGGAAAGAAAGCAUUUUCCUUGUAG